AUGAGGCUCCUUCUCUCUCUAUUGUCCUCCCAUUCCUCAAUGCUGAUGCUUAAUUUUCAAAACUUCGAUAUUACCAAGGGACCUACGACAUCAGCCGGAGAAAAACCCCGGCAAGUACAUAAUCCGAGCCAGGGAGCCGCUCGGUGCAGUGGGGAGGAGAGACACGCAAACGCACUUUUGCAACCGACACACCGACACACAGACAGGCCACGAUUUCAUCUGUUUUUCCGGCGGAAUUUUUUAUUAUUUUUUUUGCAUCCUCCUGUCCUGUUUUUUCCUUUCUUCCCUCUUCCUUCCUUCCUUUCUUUCUUUGCUGAGUUUGAUUCGGGCGAGGAUAAUCCGGGGGAGGUUUUAUUUGUCGGAAGCGCGAGAAUGUCAGCCACCUUUCCGGGACUGGUUCAUGAUGCCGAGAUACGUCAUGACGGAUCAAACAGCUAUCGUUUGAUGCAGCUCGGCUGCCUGGAGUCGGUGGCCAACUCGUCGGUGGCUUACUCGUCGUCAUCUCCGCUCACGUACCCGGCCACCGGGACCGAGUUCGCGUCACCGUACUUCCCCGCCAACCACCAGUACACGCCCUUGCAUCACCAGUCUUUCCACUACGACUUUCAGCACGGGCACCACGCCGCCGUGAACGCCGACGCGUACUAUUCGCAGCAGUACUACCAGCAGCUGCACCAUCACGGCGAGCCGACCGACUUCAUCAACCUACACGGCGCGCGCGCGCUCAAGUCGUCGUGCCUGGACGAGCAGCGACGCGAACUCGGCUGCCUGGACGCUUACCGACGGCACGACUUGUCGCUCGUGAGCCACGGCUCGCAGUACGGGGUGCACCCCGAGCAAAGGCUGCUGCCCGGGGCCGGUCUGGGGCUUCCGCCGGGGGCUGAUGACCUACAGGGGUCCGUGGACGCGCAAUGCGGGCUCAUGUUGAACGGACAAGGCGGGGUUAUCCGACGGGGAGGCACGUGCGUGGUGAACCCUACAGAUCUGUUCUGCUCUGUCCCUGGCCGUCUCUCACUUCUCAGCUCUACCUCCAAAUACAAAGUGACCAUAGCUGAAGUCAAAAGGCGACUGUCUCCACCAGAGUGUCUCAAUGCCUCACUGCUGGGGGGCAUCCUCAGGAGAGCAAAGUCUAAAAACGGUGGCCGGUGCCUCAGAGAGAAGUUGGACAGGUUGGGGCUGAAUCUCCCAGCAGGCCGUAGGAAAGCCGCCAAUGUCACACUACUUACGUCUUUAGUUGAAGGUGAAGCGUUACAUCUAGCACGGGAUUUUGGCUACACCUGUGAGACAGAGUUUCCCACUAAAGCUGUCGGAGAACAUCUGGCACGGCAACACACAGAGCCAAAAGAGCAGAACGCCCGCAAGAAAAUGGUGCUGGCCACCAAGCAGAUCUGUAAGGAAUUUCAAGAUUUACUUAGUCAGGAUCGCUCUCCGUUGGGUUCUUCGAGACCGACACCAAUCCUGGACUUAGAUAUUCAGAGACAUCUAACACAUUUCAGUCUGAUCACACACGGUUUCGGCACGCCGGCGAUCUGCGCCGCUCUCAGCACCUUCCAGACGAUCCUCAGUGAAAUGCUGAACUACCUGGAGAAGCACUCGGCUAACAAGAGCACGGGAACUCCUGACGGCAGCCAGAUAAACUCCAACUCGGAAAAAACGCCGCUACGCAAAACGAACGAGACGCCAUCAAAAGAUGGGAAAAUGGAGAAAACGGAAUGACUCCGCCCAUUUAUUUUUAGUUUUGUGUAUUUUUUGUUCUCUUUUUUAUUUUAAAGGAAUUGCUGCUGACUCACUUCCUGAUUUGAGCCCUAAUGAUGAUUGGGCAGAGUUUGAUUCAGGGCGCGGCUCAAUCAGGGCGGGCUUUUUUGUUUAGUUUUGAAGUUGGGGAUUAAUUUAUUACCUUAUCAUUAUUUUACUGAUGUCUCUUUUUUUUUCUUGUCAGAUAAGUUAUUUGGUUUAGAGCUCGUCCCUGUACAGAUAGUUGAGAUGAUUAUUUAAAUAAUAAUAAUAAUAAUAAUAAUGAUAACAAUAAUAACAAUUAAGAAAUGUAAAGCAGACACACAUUCCAAGGCGUCAUUUCAGGUCGUGUCGGAGCUGUAAAUGAAUGGCGGUGACACUCAUCGUUGCCAUCGUUAACUGUAUAUUAAAUGUGCAUGUUAAGAUUUGUACACUGUUUGGAACCCUCACUUAACCUGCAGAACGUCACCACAUCUCAACCGCAUUUGUAAAGAAGUUAUAUAUAAAUGUAUAAAAACAGCAAUUUUUUCUUGCAGGUUUUGAACUACAUAUAUGAAAUAUCCUUACA